GCGGGAAAACACGGUUUGCGACUUUGGCGGGAAAACGUGUUUUUUUUGUGUUUUGACGGAAAAAUGUAUUUUGGGGUGUUGACGUGAAAACAUUUUUUUGUGAUUUUGGCAUGAAAACUUGUUUUCGGUUUUUGCGGAAAAACACGUUUUUGCAAUUUUGACGGGAAAACAUUUUUUUGCAAUUUUAGCGGGAAAAUGCGUUUUGGGGUUUUGGCGUGAAAAAGUAGUUUUUAGCACGGGAAAAAGUGUUUUUAUAGUUUUGUCAGUUUUCGUUUGUGACAAAAAUGAUAUUAUGUUUAGGUUUGUAAUUUAUGAAUUACAUUAGGGGUAUAAUAGACAUUAUACCAUUUUGAAUGAACCAUCUCCAUUCAAAUGAUCCAAAUUGGUUCAGCUGAAUGGACUUUAAAAUUAAGCCUAAAUUUCCAAAAGUCAUCCGGAUGAUCCAUCUGAAUGAGUUGCACUUUUAGUGCCUAAACAAAAAAAACUCUCAUCUUCGUCCAGAUGGUCCAUCCAGAUGGAGAAACAAACAGGCAUUACAAGAAAACACAUGCUUAACGACGAAAAUUAACGAGGAAAAACAAUCCUCGUAAAUUUGCGUCGAGUUUACGACGAAUUUACGUGAAAAAAUAAAGUCAUCGUUAUUUCCUCGUAACGUAACGACAAAACUGUUUCGUCGUAAAGUGGAUGUAAUUUUACGAGUAUUUUACGAGGAAAAACUAUUUCCUCGUAAAUACGACGUAAACUUUGCGUGCUAUUUACGAGGGAAUAGUUUACGUGUAUUUAGCGAGGAAAUUUUUGAAUCCACCAACUUUAUAGGUGUUACACGUUUUUUUGCCCACCUAAUUAAUUUUCGUCGUAAAUUCAUAGCAAAAUUACAACUACCAGAUUCGAAUUUUCCUAUAAAUAUGGAUGUUUGAACAUCAUUUUAAACACACCAACAACAAAAAACGUGAAAGAAAAAAAAUGGCUGGCUCCGGGACUAUUUACGAGUUGCGGAAGUGGAUGUAUAUGCAUAGAGAUGCUAACGGGAGAGUGACGAAAGAAUACCUUGCGGGUCUGGAGACAUUUAUGCAUCAAGCAGAUUCAACACCGCUCGCCCAAGAAAGUGGUAAGAUGUUCUGUCCUUGUCGGAAAUGCAACAAUUCGAAACUGGCAAAUCGUGAAAAUGUUUGGAAGCAUUUAAUAAAUAGAGGUUUCACGGCAAAUUAUUAUAUCUGGUUUCAACAUGGAGAAGGUUUUAAUUAUGAUCAGAAUGAAGCUAGUAGUAGUAAUAGCAAUUUUCAGGAAAAAGAACCGGUUGAUCAUCAUUUGCAUAAUGAACAUAGUUACCAUCAGGAGGAGAUGGUAGAUUAUGAUAGGGUUCAUGAUAUGGUAGCUGAUGCAUUCGUAGCUCAUGAUGAAGAUGAAGAACCUAAUAUAGAUGCAAAAAAGUUUUACGAAAUGUUAAACGCGGCGAAUCAACCACUUUACAGUGGUUGUAGAGAAGGUCUCUCUAAAUUGUCGUUAGCUGCUAGAAUGAUGAAUAUUAAAACUGAUCACAAUCUACCUGAAAGUUGCAUGAACGAAUGGGCGGACUUGUUUAAAGAGUAUUUGCCGGAAGACAAUGUGUCUGCUGAUUCUUAUUAUGAGAUUCAGAAAUUGGUUUAUAGUCUUGGGUUGCCUUCGGAGAUGAUAGAUUUUUGCAUCGACAACUGCAUGAUCUAUUGGGGAGAUGAUGAGAAGCUAGAAGAAUGUCGAUUCUGCAAGAAGCCACGAUUCAAGCCGCAAGGACGGGGACGUAAUAGGGUACCGUACCAAAGGAUGUGGUACCUACCAAUUACAGACAGAUUGAAAAGAUUGUAUCAAUCAGAGCAGACUGCUGGAAAGAUGAGAUGGCAUGCCGAGCAUACUCAGACGGAUGGUGAGAUGACUCAUCCAUCAGAUGCAAGAGUCUGGAAACAUUUCAACAAAGUACAUCCAGAUUUCGCUAGCAAUAUCCGGAAUUUGUAUCUCGGAUUAUGCACAGAUGGAUUUAGUCCGUUCGGAAUGUCAGGGAGACAAUAUUCAUUGUGGCCAGUCUUUCUUACUCCAUACAACCUGCCACCGGAGAUGUGCAUGCAACGGGAGUUACUAUUCUUGACCAUAUUAAUACCUGGUCCGAACCAUCCAAAAAGGUCCCUGGAUGUUUUCCUACAACCACUGAUAAAAGAGUUGAAGGAUUUGUGGUCAACAGGGGUGAGGACGUAUGACUGUUCAACGAAGACGAAUUUUACGAUGCGAGCGAUGCUUUUGUGGACCAUAAGUGAUUUCCCUGCCUAUGGGAUGUUGUCUGGAUGGACUACACAUGGAGAUUAGCUUGUCCAUAUUGUAAUGGAACGACAGAUGCGUUUCAACUGAAGAAUGGUAGGAAGACAAGUUGGUUUGAUUGUCACCGUCGAUUUCUUCCCAUUGGCCAUCCUUACCGAAGAAACAAGAAUUUGUUUAGGCACAAAAGGGUUGUGAGAGACACUCCUCCUCCAUAUCUAACUGGAGAACAAAUUGAAGCGCAAAUCGACUACUACGGAGCUAACGAAACAGUUCGUUGGGGUGGUAAUUGGCAUGUCCCUCGUAAUAUGCCAGAUUCUUACGGUGUUCAUCACAACUGGCACAAGAAGAGUAUAUUUUGGGAGUUGCCAUAUUGGAAGGAUCUUCUUCUGCGCCACAACCUCGAUGUGAUGCAUAUAGAGAAGAAUUUCUUUGAGAACAUCAUGAAUACAAUAUUGAAUGUCCCAGGGAAGACAAAAGACAACAUAAAAUCGAGGUUGGACUUGCCGGAUAUUUGCUCAAGAAGCGAGUUACAUAUUAAAAGCAAUGGACAAGUUCCCGUUCCGAUAUUCAGAUUAUCUUCAGAAAAAAAGUCGGUGUUGUUCAACUGGGUGGCAUCAGAAGUGAAGUUCCCCGAUGGGUAUGUUUCGAAUCUCUCUAGAUGUGUUGAAAAGGGUCAAAAGUUCUCCGGGAUGAAGAGUCAUGAUUGUCAUGUAUUUAUGCAACGACUACUGCCCUUUGCAUUUGCGGAGCUACUUCCAACAAACGUACAUGAAGCACUUGCAGGCAUUGGAGCAUUUUUCAGGGAUCUGAGCACACGCACUCUUAAAGAAGAAGUUGUGGAACAGCUUCAGGAGAACAUUCCCAUCUUAUUGUGCAACUUGGAGAAGAUAUUUCCUCCCGGAUUUUUUGACGUCAUGGAGCAUCUAGCUGUCCACCUCCCAUAUGAGGCAUUACUUCGUGGACCUAUACAUUACGGAUGGACGGAUGGAUGUAUCAGUAUGAGCGAGCCAUGAAAUAUUUGAAGGGAAAAGCAAAGAACCUCGCCAAAGUUGAAGGUUCUAUAAUUGCUGGAAGUUUGACGGAAGAAGUUUCUCACUUCACAUCGUACUACUUUGCGUCAAAAGUACGUACACGGAGAAGAGCUCCAAAAGAUAUGAUGAUGGUGGUGUUGCGCCAACAUAUGCAGUUGCUGGUGUUCCAGACAUCUUUAGCCAGAUUGGGCGACUCGGUGGGAAGUCUAAAGAGGUUUGGUGGUCGAGUGAAGAAGACGCUCAUAGUGCACACACCUAUAUUCUACUCAAUUGCGAAGAUCCAUUGAUGCGUUAUUUUGAAAG